AUCGCACCGUACGAUUGCUAGAUUUACAGGCUAACUCAUCCCCGCGAUCAUGUUCGCCCCGACGUUCCCGGUGGCCGCUCUGCCGGCGGCGGCGGCGCCGCCUCCGCCGCUGCGGCGCGGGAGCAGGCCUUGCGACGAGUUCGACUACUUCGUGGUCAUCGACUUCGAGGCGACCUGCGAGAGGGGCAGGCGGAUCUACCCGCAGGAGAUCAUCGAGUUCCCGGCGGUGCUGGUGGACGCCGCCACGGGGCGCCUCGUGUCGGCGUUCCGCGCGUACGUCCGGCCGCGCCACCACCCGCGGCUGAGCGACUUCUGCCGGGAGCUGACCGGGAUCAGCCAGGAGGACGUCGACGGCGGGGUGGAGCUCGCCGAGGCGCUGCGCAGGCACGACGAGUGGCUGCAGGAGACCGGGGUCAAGGGCGGCGGCCGGUUCGCCGUCGUCACGUGGAGCGACGCCGACUGCCGCAACAUGCUGGACCAGGAGUGCCGCUUCAAGGGCAUCGCCAAGCCGGCCUACUUCGACCGCUGGGUCGACCUCAGGGUGCCCUUCGAGGCGGCGUUCGGCGUCGGCGUCGGCGCCGGGCGGCGGGUCAAGCUGCCGGAGGCGGUCCGGGCGGCGGGGCUGCAGUGGACGGGCCGCCAGCACUGCGGCCUCGACGACGCCUGCAACACGGCGCGCCUCCUCGUCGAGCUCAUGCGGCGGGGCGUCCCCAUCUCCAUCACCAGCUCGCUGCCGCCGGCGCCUGAGCCAGCUCAGAAGCAGAAGCAGCAGCAGCAGCAGCAGGAGCCACAGCAUCGGCACCCGCAGCAGCUGGUCCCCUGCGGCGCCGCCGCGGUGUGCUGCUACUGCGGCGUGGCGAGCGUCGGAGGACUGAUGGCGAUGCCGGGGUCGACGCAACGGCGGUGCUUCUACGGCUGCGGCAACUGGACGCCGGCGUCGGGGCCGACGUGCUCCUUCUUUCUCGUGGGCGGCGUAGUGGAUUGUCAAUAAAUUAGCAAGUCUCUGC